UUGACCACUUUGGACUCAUUUGCUAUUACAUUAUUUUCGUUAGAAGGAGCCACUUAAAAACGAACACGUUCGGAUCUUAGUGCCCAGCCUUGACUUUUGCCUUUCCCCAAGACCCCUUCUACCACCCUUACCCUUUUUAUAUCAUACAAUGCAACUUGGUUUAACCGAUCACGUAUUAGUGGUUCUGGUCGGAUUUUUCGCCUUGGCUCCCCUCAUUUGGACGGCCUCGUUGCCUCGGGAGCUCGAAAGUUCCAAUUCGGCCUCGUCCUUAGCUGCACUUGAGCUCAAUCCAGGAGGGAUUGGCCUCCACCAGCCUGACCAUCCUCAACCACUAGGAUCGACCCAGACAAGACGGCGAAGGUCGUAUAAGACAGAUGGGGAUGCUUACAUCAGAUUUGGAAAGAGGACCCAAUCCAUGGACCAACCCAAAGACCUGCCUUUUGCUGAGGGUCGUUCACUGAACCCUCAGGUUUCUCGGCGAUCUCCCGCGGAGCAAAGCUACAUUCGCUUCGGUAAAAGGGCCUCGAAAAUCCCGAUCAUUCCCUGCACUUUGGCUUUCCUUCGGGUGCUCAAAACAUCGAAAGAAAGGAUUGAUCAUCUUCAUGAAUGCUCCAAAUAUAGAGGAAUUCAUAGGCGAAGCGAGGAUGAUGGAUAUAUCAGAUUUGGAAAACGCAACGGCAAUUCUUCCACGGAAAAAGAGGUCAUGAGUGGAUUGUCCAUCAGCGAUGGGGCAACUCAGAAAUGCUUCUUCAUUCCUCGUGAGGCCAGUGAUGACUUCACUGGUUCUGGGACUCCCAAUUCGGUAUUCCAAGACUGUUCCAAGAUCACUCCGGCUGACCUGGAAGACUCUGUGAUUAUUUAUUUUGUUUGAUUUAUUCUCCUCUGGUAUAUUGCGCUAAUGAAGGCUGAGUUAGCUUCCACGGCUCGUCGAAGGCACGUAAAUGGCUUCAAAUAGGGAUCUGUCAUGUUUUAGUACUAAACCUCAUAGACUUUGUAACAUGGUCCAGAUAUAAAUUGAUAUCAGCAUCGUCUCGGUCAAGAUUUAGGUACAGAAAACCGUGCGCAUGAGAUAAAGUGUAGCUCUGAUCACAAUUUUUGAAGACAGUUUGUUUGUUGUUGGUUUAUCUUUCCAGUCGAGGCUCUCCGAAAUACAUAAUUGCAAAUCAUGGAAACAGACGCGAACACAGCAA